UGAGAAUUCCGUAUAGCUGCGUCAGUUUGGUUAUCCCGCAUUCACAUAUAUAUCGAGGAAUGCCCCCCAGUGUAGGGGCAACUCAAGACCUUGUUGCAACAGACCUUCAGAUCCUCCAAGCCUGCUCAAGCUCUACCUUCAACCUUUCUAUAUUUGAUCCUCCAUCAGUACCUUUCCAUUACUUUGAAUAAACCAUCAACAUGUCUCGCCACAGCUAUUCAUACUCAACAACGGCUACUACCGCCAGACACAUGACAACUCACGGCACCAGCAGCGCUUUCAGCAGUUCUGCCAAUCCAGAUGAAGACUGGACAAAGAUUUCUGAUCUUGCUGAGCGCAGAAGAAUUCAGAAUCGUAUUGCUCAAAGAAACUACCGUAAGUUAUUCUGUCAUAGCUUUGAAUCAUCAACGGCCACUAAUUCUUUACUUUUAGGCAAGAAGCUCAAGAGACGUCUCGAAGACCUCGAGCGCAGAGCCGGUUCCUCUUCAGCUUCCCCACCUCAGGCGCAUGUGGAGCUUCAUCAACAACCAGAGCGCAGCAACGAGAAUCAACAAUACAGAAGGAGCCCAGAAAAUGUGCAACGACAGGUCUCUCCAAGACUUUUGCCUAGCCAAUACACACCUCCUAUGCACAGCGAUGACGAGAUCAUCUUCUCUCAGCAUUUCGAUCGUGAUGGAUCUAGAACACCACCUCUAUUCACAUAUCACACAUACCCUGCUCCCGAGGAUAUUUCCUAUCCACCAUACCCACAUUCACAGCCAUAUCGCGCUAUUUCCGACAGUGAGCGAUCAGAAGCAUACCAGCAUUACAUGGCGCCCACAGUGCCAGUGACUUUACCCUCCAUGAUGCACUUCAAUGACGCAAUCAAGCGGGAACCUGAAGAUACCAUGAGUCCCUACAAUAUGAGCUACCAAGGCUUGCCAGGAAUCGAUAUUCAUUCACAUCACGGUUAUGAUAAUCCUCAUGUAAGGCACCCUCAAGCUGCGAAGCCACUUGGUUUGGGUCCUAACAGAUAUAUGCAGACGCCACCUCUAUCACACUCUUACGAGCAUUCUACCACAUGUUCCGAGUCCGGAUACCAAUAUCCCACUACUCCUCUUUCCAUGCCUCCGUCACCACGCAUGAUGACGCAUAUAUGAGAGAGUGUCUCAAAAUGACGAUUCAGGAUAUGUGAUCUUUUGCUUGGGAUAUGUGAAACAGAGUUCGAAGUGCUCGACACUCGCUUUAGAUGGUAUUUGGGCAUUGCUUGGAAAUGAUGGAAGAUCUGGGAGGAACAAAUCAAUGGGAGUCAGGAGCGUACGGAGUUUGAUUUACUGCUGGUAGAAAUGAAGGAACGAUCCUAAUGUAAAUACCCAGUACGAUUAGUGUUUUUUUCCUUUCAUUCUUUUGUAUAGCAAAAUCUGGAAAUGACUUCUCUAAACCUCGCAUUCCAAA